UCCAUAGCGACAGGCGGCGCGGGGCCGGCUCCAAACAUAACGCGCAGUGGAAAACAUGCGGCUCGGGGGACCCCCCCGCAGCCCCCUCGCGGGGCCGAGUCCCGAGUGGCCGCGGAGCAGUCCAGGCCACGUGCGGUGCGGCAGAAGCCCGCAGAACAAGGACAGGCGCCCAAGAUCCCCGUCUCCUGUGCGGGCAUCGCCUUCAAGGGUUCGAGGCUCCGCUCGGCCGAGGCGCCGCGACUCUCCGAGGCGCCCUUGGCCUGCAGCCCGGACGCCCUGCGGGAGCCGCCUCUGGAAGAGCCGGAGGCCGCCCUCCCCCGAGGCCCGCAGCCCCGCCUCCCGCCACCCCGGCGUCCCGCAGCUCCAGAAAAACCGAGCCUUCCCGGGGACCUCCCCCUGCCCCCAGUCCCAGGUCUCCAGAGGGGCGGAGACUGAGGGCGGAACCGUGCGGGAGCCGGCAGAGGCGCACGGGGAGGUGCUUCCGGGGCAGAGGGCGUGCAAGAUGGCGGCGCCCAUGGAGCUGUUCUGCUGGUCGGGGGGCUGGGGGCUGCCGUCAGUGGACCUGGACAGCCUGGCCGUGCUGACCUAUGCCAGAUUUACUGGUGCACCACUCAAGGUACACAAGAUCACCAACCCCUGGCGAAGCCCUUCAGGAACUCUGCCUGCUCUUCGGACCAGCCAUGGAGAAAUCAUCUCAGUACCACACAAGAUCAUCACCCACCUUCGAAAAGAGAAGUACAACGCUGACUAUGAUCUGUCAGCCCGUCAAGGGGCAGACACCCUGGCAUUCAUGUCUUUGCUGGAAGAAAAACUGCUCCCAGUGCUGAUCCAUACUUUUUGGAUAGAUACCAAGAACUAUGUGGAAGUGACCCGGAAGUGGUAUGCAGAGGCUAUGCCCUUUCCCCUCAACUUCUUCCUGCCUGGCCGCAUGCAAAGGCAGCACAUGGAGCGGCUGCAGAUGCUGUGUGGGGAGCAUAGACCUGAGAAUGAAGAAGAACUGGAAAAAGAGCUGUACCAAGAGGCUCGGGAGUGCCUGACCCUUCUCUCUCAGCGCUUGGGGUCUCAGAAGUUCUUUUUUGGAGAUGCCCCUGCUUCCCUGGAUGCCUUUGUCUUUAGCUACUUAGCCCUGCUCCUGCAGGCGAAGCUGCCCAGUGGGAAGCUGCAGGCCCACCUGCGGGGUCUGCACAACCUCUGUGCUUACUGUGCCCACAUCCUCAGCAUCUAUUUCCCCUGGGAUGGAGCUGAGGUGCCACCCCCACGGCAGACACCAGCAGGCCCAGAGACUGAGGAAGAGCCAUACCCACGGCGGAACCAGAUCCUGUCAGUGCUGGCAGGGCUGGCAGCCAUGGUGGGCUAUGCCUUGCUCAGUGGCAUCGUCUCUAUCCAGCGGACAGCACCCACCCGGGCCCCCGGCACCCGGGCCCUGGGCAUGACUGAGGAGGAUGAAGAGCAAUGAUUUGUCUCGGACCUCUCAGGACCUAUUCUUUUACUGUCAUGCAUUCCAGAGGCCCCUUUGCCUCCCCACUGCUCAUACAGCCAGAAGUGGGGUGCUACACCCCAGAAUAAAACCACUCUGACUCAG